AGUGUACUACGUAGUAGGCUAGUAUGCAUGUGGCCCCGCAGCCUGCCUGCACUGAGCGCGGUGGCGCAGAAACCAGAACGGGAUUCAGCAGGAGGGCAAGAGAGAGGGAUUAUCACUCCGGACUGCACUGAAAGUCCUGGAUAAAGUACAAUAAAGGUGGCCAUGUUAUAAAGCAGAAGUCCACCAUCAGCUGAGGAGGCCACCUGCAAUCAUCAUCAUCAUCAUCUGUCUACUAAGUCAGCUUCAUCCUCUCUUUGUCUUUCCUCACAUCCACCUUUUCUCCACCCGAACCCCUUCCCCCUUUCCGAGACCCACCCCUUCAUUUCCUCACCAUGUCCAUCGCGCUCAAGCAAGUCUUCAACAAGGACAAGACGUUUAGGCCCAAGCGUAAGUUUGAGCCCGGUACACAGCGCUUCGAGCUGCACAAGCAGGCUCAGGCAUCCCUCAGCUCUGGCGUGGACCUGCGUGCGGCAGUGCAGCCGCCCCCCGGUGAGGACCCCAAUGACUGGGUGGCUGUCCACGUGGUGGACUUCUUCAACCGCAUCAACCUGAUCUAUGGCACCGUGUGCGAGUUCUGCACAGAGAAGAGCUGCCCGGUGAUGUCGGGCGGCCCGCGGUUCGAGUACCGCUGGCAGGACGAUCACAAGUACAAGAAGCCCACAGCGCUGCCAGCGCCGCAGUACAUGAACCUGCUGAUGGACUGGAUCGAGGUGCAGAUCAACAACGAGGACAUCUUUCCCACUAGCAUAGGAAUUCCAUUCCCCAAGAACUUCGUUCAGAUCUGUAAGAAAAUCCUGUGCCGGCUCUUCCGAGUCUUCGUGCACGUCUACAUCCACCACUUCGACCGAAUCAUCCUGAUGGGAGCCGAGGCCCACGUGAACACCUGCUACAAACACUUUUACUACUUCUGCACCGAGCUUAACCUCAUCGACCGCAAGGAGCUGGAACCACUGAAAGAGAUGACAUCACGUAUGUGUCUUUGAAGGCCCCUCAGGGACCUCAUGGAUCCGAAAACUCUCAGUUUCGUGUCAACCAGAGGACGUUCACAGACAGACAGAUGAACUCGGACAAUGUGGCGCUGAUAAAGUGUGAUGUAACCAGGAAAAGCGAGAAAGGAGCACAGAAGCACCCUCACGUUCGCUCAGAGCAACAGCACCACCCGCUGGUGAGAAGUAGCGCGCACACGUACAGCGCUCAUCCUCCAGGUGGCGCUCUAAUGCAGUAAUUGGAUUAUGCACUACUUGAGAACUGUAUCUAUGCAGUGUGGGAGGAGAAGGAGGAGCUCGAUCUAGUUUGGAUGAGAAUACUAGUGUAAAGCUACUCACUUUUUAAUGACUGCAGGGAAUUAGUGAAUUGAACCCCCUGAAGAACACUAAUGUGUGUGUGUGUGUGUGUGUGUGUGUGUGUGUGUGUGUUUGGUUUAUUUCUCUUGAGGUGUAAAUGCUAAAUGGGAUCAUUUUAAUUAUAUGUAAUUAUUUAGAUGAUUAUGAUGAUGGUGAUGGUGAUAAUGGUGAUGGCUCUCACACACAUUUCAGAUGAUGCUCCUUCACGUUGUUUGAGUAAUACGGGGUGUUUCAACUAUGCAGAACUAUUUCACGGACAAUUUUGGACUUUAAAUGCAAUAAUUGUGGAAGAUUGUGAGCGUGAGAGAGGUGUGUGUGUGUGUGUGUGUGUGUGUGUGUGUGUGUGUGUGUGUGUGUGUGUGUGUGUUCGGACUGCUUUACAUUCAUAUUGUCCAAUAGUGACCACUAAACAGUCUAAAUCCAA